UUAAAGUACUAAAACCUGUAUGAGUGGGCAAGAUACAAUUUAAUGACCCUUUCUAAUUUUCCAUAAUUGAUGCCUAUCAAAUCUUUACUUUAACAUCCCAUUCUUCUUUUCCACCCUUUCACAUACCAAAAUAUCUGCUUUCACUUUACUUUUUCAACAAUUAAUUUUCUUAACAUCACCUCAUCCUGUCAGGCUGUCACUGCCACCUUCACUCAUUUCUUCUUCUGUUUAGAGUUCUUCGGUCUUGGGUAUCUUGGCUUCUUCAUUGUGAAGUCUUCAGUUUUGUUUCAGCUGAGAAUAAUGGCUGGUGAUGACGUGGUAAGGAACAAACAGGUGAUAUUGAAGAACUAUGUGACUGGGGGUUUGCCCAAGGAAUCAGACAUGGAAGUAAGAGAAAGUAGCAUUCUACUGAAGUUGCCAGAGGGUACUCGAGAUGCAAUUUUGCUCAAGAAUCUCUACUUGUCUUGUGAUCCUUACAUGAGAAAUCGCAUGAAGAAGGCUGAAACUUCUUCAUAUGUGGAUUCGUUCCAGACUGGCUCACCUAUAAUUGGUUAUGGAGUGGCCAAAGUUCUGGAUUCUACUCAUCCAGAUUUCAAAAACGGCGAUUUGGUUUGGGGGAUAACUGGUUGGGAAGAGUAUAGUCUCAUAAUAGCACCAGAUCGUUUGUUCAAAAUUCAACACACAGAUGUUCCUCUUAGCUACUACACUGGACUUCUUGGUAUGGCUGGUAUGACUGCUUAUGCUGGUUUUUAUGAGGUUUGCUCCCCGAAAAAAGGAGAAUACGUCUAUAUAUCAGCAGCAUCUGGAGCAGUUGGUCAGCUCGUUGGGCAGUUUGCAAAACUGUUAGGCUGCUAUGUUGUUGGAAGUGCUGGCAGCAAAGAGAAAGUUGAAUUGCUGAAGAAUAAGUUUGGGUUUGAUGCGGCUUUCAACUAUAAGGAAGAGCCAGACUUAGAUGCUGCUUUGAAAAGGUACUUUCCAGAUGGCAUUGAUAUUUACUUUGAAAAUGUGGGGGGAAAGAUGCUGGAUGCAGUGCUGCUCAACAUGAGGAUCCAUGGUCGUAUUGCUGCCUGUGGAAUGAUCUCUCAGUACAACAAUGAGCAGCCUGAAGCAGUGCACAACUUGAUGCAUAUCGUGGCGAAACGGGUUCGCAUGGAAGGAUUUCUGGUAGGUGAUUUCUAUCACCUCUAUCCCAAGUUCCUAGAAAUGGUUAUACCUUGCAUCAAAGAAGGGAAGAUAACAUAUGUUGAAGACAUAGCAGAAGGUCUUGAGAGUGCUCCAGCAGCACUUAUUGGCCUCUUCACUGGUCGCAAUGUUGGGAAACAGUUAGUUGUACUCUCCCAUGAUUGAUAUAAGCUGUACUACAACUUUUUUA